AUGGAUGAUUAUUUGAAGAAAAAUUUUGACGUAGAAGCCAAGAGGCCAUCCGAAGAAAAUCUCAAGAGAUGGCGAUCCGCGGUGUGGCUCGUCAAGAACCCUCGUCGUCGCUUCCGUAUGGUCGCCGACCUCGCAAAGCGCGCCGAGGCUGAGCGCAAACGCCGCAAGAUUCAGGAGAAGAUACGAAUAGCUUUGUACGUUCAAAAGGCAGCAUUAUAUUUUAUCGACGCCGUUGAUCGAACCGAGAAGCUGAAAAUCCCCGACGACGUAAAGCAAGCCGGAUUCAACAUCAGCCCCGACGAGCUCUCCUCCCUCGUCAGGUCCCACGACCUCAAGCGCCUGGACUCCCACGGCGGCGUUGAUGGCAUCUCCAAAAAGCUCUCCGUCUCCCUCGAAAACGGCCUCUCCCCUCCCGACAUCCCCACUCGCCGGACUCUGUUCGGCGAGAACAAAUUCCUCGAAAAACCCCCCCGCCCACUCUGGAUGUUCGUCUGGGACGCCAUGCAGGACCUCACCCUCAUCAUGCUCAUCGUCUGCUCCUUCAUCUCCGUCGCCGUCGGCCUCGCCACCGAGGGCUGGCCCAAGGGCUUGUACGACGGCAUCGGCAUUAUCCUCUGCAUCCUCCUCGUCGUCGCCGUCACCGCCCUCAGCGACUACAAGCAGUCCCUCCAGUUCCGCGAUUUGGAUAAGGAGAAACGCAACGUCACCGUCCACGUCACCAGAGCCGCUAACCGCCAGAAAGUCUCUAUUUACGACCUCGUCGUCGGCGACGUCGUCAAUUUGUCGAUCGGAGAUCAGGUCCCCGCCGAUGGCUUGUUCAUUUCCGGAUACAGCUUAUACAUCGACGAAUCCAGCUUGUCAGGGGAGAGCGAGCCUGUGCAGAUCGAGAAAGGGAGGCCGUUUCUACUCUCUGGCACCAAGGUUCAGGAAGGUUCUGGAAAGAUGGUGGUGACUUCAGUUGGGAUGAGGACGGAAUGGGGGAGGCUCAUGGUGACUCUCAGCGAGGGCGGCGACGACGAGACUCCCCUGCAGGUGAAGCUCAACGGCGUCGCGACUGUGAUAGGAAAAAUCGGGCUGGUUUUCGCGGUUUUAACGUUUGCGGUGCUCACUAUAAGAUACCUGACUGUGAAGGCCUUUGAUGGGGAGAUUGGCAGCUGGUCGAUGCGAGAUGUCGUCAGUUUGCUGAAUUUUUUUGCGGUGGCGGUGACUAUACUAGUGGUGGCGGUGCCGGAGGGACUGCCUUUGGCUGUCACAUUGAGUUUGGCUUUUGCGAUGAAGAAGCUGAUGAACGAUCGGGCGCUGAUACGGCAUCUGUCCGCGUGCGAGACGAUGGGAUCGGCAAGCUGUAUCUGCACGGAUAAGACGGGGACACUGACGACGAAUCAUAUGGUGGUGACGAAGAUCUGGAUGGGUGGGGAACAGAGGAAUGUUGAUGGGAAAAAGCUCGAAAACGUGGUUACUUCUGAGAAAGGGAAGCAGGUUUUGGUUGAUGCUCUGUUUCUCAACACUGCUGCGGAUGUGGUGAGAGGGAAGGAUGGGAGGAGUGAGAUAUUAGGGUCGCCGACCGAGACUGCGCUGAUCGAAUUCGGCCUUUUGUUUCACAAGGACUUCAGAGGGCUGAGGCAGGGAUGGGAGAUUUUGAAAGUUGAGCCGUUCAAUUCGGUGAAGAAGAAGAUGUCGGUGCUCGUGCAGAGUAGAGGCGGUGGCGAGGGAGGGGGAGGGAAGCGGGCUUUUAUCAAAGGUGCGUCGGAGAUUAUAUUCGGGAUGUGUGACAAGAGUGUCGGGAAGGAUGGGGAGUCGUUGCCAAUAUCGGAUGAGCAGAGGAAGAUGAUAAAUGGGGUUAUAGACGGUUUCGCUUGUGAGGCUCUGAGGACGCUGUGUGUGGCGUUUAGGGAUAUGGAGCCGUCGUCUGAUGAAUUGAGUAUUCCUGAGGAGGGGUAUAUGCUGGUUGCGCUGGUGGGGAUCAAAGAUCCGCUGCGCCCUGGGGUUAAAGAGGCGGUCAAGACGUGUUUGAAUGCUGGGAUUCUGGUGCGGAUGGUGACCGGGGACAAUAUUAAUACGGCCAAGGCUAUUGCUAGGGAAUGUGGGAUUUUGACUAGUGAUGGAAUCGCAAUUGAAGGGGCGGAGCUGAGAGAUAAAAGUGCUGAGGAGAUGAAGGAUGUGUUGCCCAAACUGCAGGUAAUGGCAAGAUCUUUGCCUUUAGACAAGCAUAAAUUGGUGUCUAUGCUGAGAAAGGAAUACCAAGAAGUUGUUGCAGUCACAGGUGAUGGUACCAAUGAUGCACCAGCCCUCCAUGAGGCAGAUAUUGGGCUUGCAAUGGGUAUAGCAGGAACUGAGGUGGCAAAAGAGAGUGCUGAUGUGGUGAUAAUGGAUGAUAACUUCGCAACGAUAUUGAAUGUGGCGAAAUGGGGUCGUUCGGUCUACAUCAACAUUCAAAAGUUCGUGCAAUUCCAGUUGACAGUGAACAUCGUGGCGCUGAUGACCAACUUCAUCUGCGCGUGCGUGUCAGGGUCGGCGCCACUGACGGCGGUGGAGCUGCUGUGGGUGAACAUGAUCAUGGACACUCUGGGCGCGCUAGCCCUGGCGACAGAGCCGCCCCACGACGGAUUGAUGAAACAACCGCCCGUGGGAAGGAACGCCCACAUCAUCACGAGGGUUAUGUGGAGAAACAUCAUCGGCCAGAGCAUCUACCAGUUGAUCGUGCUCGGUGUGCUCCAGUUUUACGGGAAACAAAUGCUUAACCUCGAUAGUGAGGCCACUCUUAGCUCCUUGAUCUUCAACACCUUUGUUUUCUGCCAGGUAUUCAAUGAAAUAAACAGCAGAGACAUGGAGCAGAUAAACAUAUUUCGAGGGAUAUUGAGCAGUUGGAUAUUCAUAAUGAUAAUGGUGUCGACGGUGGGAUUCCAAGUAGUAAUGGUGCAAGUGUUGUGUAAAUUUGCGGGGACAGUGCCAUUGAACGGGAAGCUGUGGGCGGUGAGCGUGUUGGUGGGAGCGGUGGGGUUAGUGGUUGGAGCGCUCCUUAAAUGUAUCCCAGUUCCCAACGUUCCGAGCAACAAGCAUCACGACGGAUACGAACCGUUGCCGUCUGGACCAGACCUCGCUUAGAUUACAUAUAUUAUUACUAUACUACUAAUAAUGUUGUCAAAGGCAAAGGGGAAAUCUUGUGCUCUUCAUUUUCCUUUCUA